GUCAUCUGACAGCUGCUCUGGAAUAGAUGCACUUGUUGAAUCGUGUCCCAUUCAGCCGGGGGUCACAGGUUGUGUGCUAAGUCAUCUGAAAUCUUUGACGGCUCCCUCGUGAAUGAAAACACACUAAAGAACCGACUGGACUAGAUCGAUUUUAUAACCUCACAUCACCACGAGCUGCAUUGCCAGGACAGGUGUUUUUGAUGUCUGCACAGCGAUUGUCUCUCUGGCCAUGUGUGCGUACUGCCCUGAGCUGCGGGGUUCUCUUGCUGGCUGCUCUGCCAGACUUCACCACAGGCAAGAAUUGCUCCCACCCGAUUGUACCAGAACAUGGAGGUUUCCGCUGUGAACCCUCUCCCUGUCGCGGUUUCCCUCAAAAGAGCAUCAUUCGCUUUUUCUGCGAGCCUGGCUACACUCUACCCAAAAGCCACCAUAGGUCAAAGUGUGAGCAUGGGAAAUGGCAUCCCAAAGUGCCCGUCUGCAUGCCCCGACCAGAGGGUCAUCCUGAACAACCAGAAAAAAUAGUCAACUCUAUCCCAAGUGUGGCUACGACUGCUAUUGGAGUGUCCAUCUUCCUUCUCACCACAACGGCUUGUUUGGUCAUCAAAUCCCGUCUAUUCUCCUGUCGAACGCAACGGCGUUCCUCGGAUCAGUUGGACCUUGUUGUCGAUGGCUUACCUGUAUCUCUUCCCACAUACGAGGAGGCAAUCUACAGCAGUUGGGGCCAGCGACUCCCGUCGUUCCGUGGACCCACUCAGCUCCUGCUGACCCAGGACGCAUUAGAACACAGUCCGCUGACUUUGCUCAUUCGCCCCGAUUCCAAUCGUUGCACUGACACAGCCAAUCAUAGCACAGAUACUCCACCACCUCCUUACGAAGAGGUCCAAUCACGAUCCAGAGACACUGAGAAUGACAGGGACGAACGGGCUUUGCAAAGCACACUUUCUGUUGAUAAAAACAACUAAUUACUGGACUUUAAUGAACUCACCUUUAGCCUUUUGAUUGUUCGUUUCCUUGCACAGUUUGGUUUUCCUAGGUAAUGUGCUGCAAUAUUGAUUAUGUUAAUGUUUUCACUGACCAGCUGGAGAUGUGGCUACCCUCCGUGAGGGGAAACAAGGUGUUUUAAGGGGACUUUUAUGAUUAAUUAAUGACUUUUAUUUAAUGAUGUAGGUAUAGCAGCCAUUUCCGUAAGAAUGAUAUGCUGUGUAGUUACAUUUUCAGGGUUAUGAUUUAAGAUUAGCAUGGAAAUAAUAUGAUUUCACCUCAUUCAGUGUUUCUCAGAGCAUUUAGAUUGACUGAAUGUAAGAAGCAGAUUGAGAUUGUGCCUGUUGACUGAUGGAUGUAGUAUAUUUUAUUUAAUUUUAAUUCCUUCCAACUGAACAGAUCUAUUGUUAAAUAUUGCAUUAACAUAUAGAACAGGGGAACAGACUUUAAGUAUGCUUGCUGAAUGUUUGAACAAAUAUAUUGUAUUUGUUUUUUGUUUGGCAUUUUAUGAUAUGUAACAUUUACAUCUUGUACAUAAU